AUGCGGUGGAUAGAUUUCAAGACACGUCUUCCUAAUUCUGGGGAACAAAAAGAAGGGCAAACGUCUUCUGCAGAACAAAAUAAAAAGACUAAACCAACGAAACGGCCGAGAGUCCAGAAUAAUAACCAUACGAAUUCUGAGGGCCUUUUAUUUACAAAUUUAACGCCAAAUGAUUAUCGAAAGUCUAAUAUUAAUAACGUUAAUGUUAUUAAGAGAAGAACUAAAUCCAAGGCUGUUGCUCCCCAAGUUGUUGCUGCAAUAAGUAAUAUCAGCCAAUCUUCUCAACAGAAAAUUGCGCCAAAGCCUCGUAAUCCCAUCACUCUCAAAAUUGUUUCAAGAAGUUCCGCAACUGACAAUCCACCACCUCCUAUUACGAACACAGAGCCUAAGGCUCCUGCUCUUGCCCAUAGAGUAAAGAUUAUUACUACUCAAACACAACAAAAUAAUGAUACAUUUUCGCAAAAUUUGCCUGUAAUAUCUGUUCAAGAAGAUCAACCAACUCGAGAGACUAACUCACAAGAGAAUGGCUUACAACCCUCACAAUCUUAUAGUAAUCCUAUGGCGCUUGUGUUAUCCACGAAUAAACCGACCCAAGAUACUUUUGAUUCACAAGAAAAUCAAAAUAACAUUCCAAAGUCUUAUAAUAAGACUUUGGAGCCUGCGAUAUUCACCGAAUCUCCAAGUAUCAAUGAUUUCAGUUCUCGACAAACAUUUGCAGGUCGAAAGUUACAAAUCUCUGAUAUCAUUGAUUUGCCCGAAACUUUCAGUAAUACUUUGAAUGUGAAUGAUCCGAAUACAAAAUCAGACGUUCACGGAAUAGAUUUGGAACCUAAAAGCACCGGAUCUCCAAGAGUUGUUAUUGAAGCUUCAACUAGCGAAAAUAAUUUAGAAUCGAUCGAUAACAAUCGAAUCAUUAAUAAUGAUAAUGACAAAGAAUGCCAUUCUUCAAACAUUACACAUGAUAUGGCACCUACAAUUAUUGUAGAUGAUGGCAAUAAUAUCGAAACAUUGUUACCUACAGUUAUGAUCGACAAUAAGAAGAAAGUAAACAUUCUAAAUGCCGAUAAUGAUGCUAAUAGCCAAACAGGAAAUUUAACCUCUAAUCAAAAUGACACAUUAUUGAUCAAAAGUGGCACAGAUCGCCUCAAUUUUUUCCCAAUUACGACAACAUCUGUAUCCGACAAUUAUUUGAACAACGCAUCAUCAUCGGUGAACCAAUUUUCUACGACGAGUAAUAGCUCAACUACAAAUAUUUCAACAAUAACUAAUAAUACUCCGUUAAGAAUAUCUACAUCCGAAAAUGAUAUGAAUCUUCCAACUUUAAUGCAAGCUGUUAAUAAUAAUCAUCAAGGACAUCUUCAUAGAUCGCCAAGAGACAGUAUUUUCGGUGAUAGUUCAAGUGAGCUUUCAACUGUACAAACUUUUUCUGACUCUAGUCAAAAUAAUUCCCCUAUAAAUCAAAAUUUCCGAUCGCCGUUUUCACAAAUUCAUGAUGACUCUUCACUUUCGUUAAAUCUAGAUGACGUUUCUUCACUUUCACCAACUUUUGACGAUGGAUCAUCCUCGUCCUCCCCGCAUUUUUAUGAAGACGCUUUUGUUUCUUCACCAUUUCCGGAUACUUUUGUCAAUGAGUUGAAUAAUAAUCCCAGUGUAUUAUCAAUGGAAGAUAAUGAUGUCACGUCUUCGGCCAAAUCAACUGAAACGUAUGAAAAUAAAUUAAAGUCACCUCAACCUUUACAAGGUGAUGCUUUAUCGCAGCCCGAAAAUGAGUUGACUUCUACAUUCGCAGCGUCAUUGACCCUAUCGCUCCCAAAUUCACCUAAAGAUAAUUUAUCGGCAUCGCCAAGUCACAAUGAAAACUGCACUUGCGAAAAGUGUACAACAGAAUCUGACGAUCUCGAGAAUAUGGACUAUUUGAAUAGUGAGCUAGAGAAACCUAUUCCUCAAUGCCUAAUGGAUGAUGCUGAGCUUGAGCAAGUCAGAGAACCCAGAGUAGACCUCCCACCGAAUGCUAACGAACUGAGUGAUGUUGAGGCAAUGCCAUAUAUUAUUGCAUUAUGUAAACGAUACUGGCUAUACAGAACUCUCGCCAUGCUCAUCCGACUUGGACAUGUUAAAUUGAAUGAUGAGGAAUUGAGUAGACUCAGAGAAGUGAAAGCGGAUUUAGAAGGUUCACAAAUCUCUGAGAGUCUCCAAGAAGUUUUCAGAAAAGAAAUUCAUGAGAGAAUGGUCGUGGAGAGGGCGCGUUUAGAGAGAGCUAAACUUUGGACAGAGGAAGAUACUUUGGAGUUGGAUGGACCAGACGAUAAUGAUGAAUUCGAGGAAGGCUCCGGAUCUGAUUCUGAAAUGGAUGAUGAGUAUGAAGAUGCUGUGUCUUCGACAUAUUUUGAAGGUCAGGAAACCAUGUUGUCCCGUCAAGGAAUGAUCCUGAAAGAGAAUGGAAUGUCCCCAACUAACGACAAUAAAUUAUCAAAUUCAUUUUAG